GGCCUGAGUUGUAAACAAUGAUAAGGUCGGCACUGCCAGCCUCAAGAAAUUUGGCGGAAAGGCCAAUGCCAGCCCCAGCGCCGACAAUUGGACGAUGAAAAGAGAUAACUUCCCGUAGGCGUUGGAGAAUUUCCGGGCGCGAAUAUAAUACCAUGAUCAAGGGUAACGGGUACAGUUUUGGGCGUCACUUGUAUAAGUUGUGUGGCCUCAGUUCCCGUCUUAACCUCUCACAGGGAGAGGAGGACAAGGAGGGGUUAAAUGGAGUUAAAGGGGUUAAAGGGGUAUCAGUUGUGCGAACAUCGAGUACUAUACGUAAUACUCAGCUCAGAUUCGCCAGAGCAACGCAAUAUAAUCAGUUUAUUCGACGUCUUCCCCGCUUAGUGUUACUUCAGGUAUCUUUGGCAAGAUGGUGUUUUCUCGCAUCAUUCUUCACUUUUUACUACUUCGAAACUCAAGAGAUGCUUCAUGCCUCCAUCGAAAACUUCUAUCGCCGUAAUUGGCACACUUGAUACUAAGCUCGAGGAAUUUCUUUAUCUCAGAUCCCAAAUUCUUGAGAAUGAUCCUUCGCUAGUUGUCAUUCUAAUUGAUGCGGGCCGAUUCGUCGUGGAACAUGACGCUAUAACCAUCAAGCAACAUGAAUGUGAACUCAUCAAAUUUAUGAUUAAAGGAGCCAUUAAAAUAGUCAAGCAGCUCAAAAACCGCAAAGAGAUCCAGGUUAUAAUUAACCUUGGCAGUUCUGGAAGGACUAGCAUCUCUUCUGCCGUCAUGCGAGAGCUUCCUGUGACAUUCCCAAAGUUGAUCGUAUCCACUGUCGCCUCUAGUGAUGUAAGCUUUUAUAUCGAAGAGACUGAUAUUACUAUGAUGUACAGUGUGGUUGAUAUUGCAGGUCUGAAUGAGGUAUUGAAGGCGGCAAGAACUAAUAAAGGUCAUAAUAAUAUCGCGACUACCAAGAAGGGAAUCGGAAUCACGAUGUUUGGAGUCACCACAAAAGGGGCAAAUGCUGCACGCAAGAGGCUGGAAUCUUACGGGUUAGAAGUCUAUGUGUUCCAUGCUACGGGGUCUGGCGGGCGGUCGAUGGAAAGAUUAGUUAAAGAAGGUCAACUCCACGGCAUCUUAAAUCUGAUAAAUCUGACUACCACCGAGCUGGCUGAUGAAUUGGCUGGUGGCGUAUUUAGCGCCGGCAAUAGCAGAUUGAUGACUGCUGCCAAGGCAGGCUUGCCUCAAAUAGUCAGCGUCGGUGCUCUGGAUAUGGUAGACUUCGGACCGAGUGACACUGUGCCAAAAGAAUUUCGGGAGAGAAAUCUCAUCGAGCACACUCCUUGGUCAACCUUGGUGCGAACAACAGAGAAAGAGUGUGAAGAAUUGGGAAAGAGAGUAGCGCAGAGGCUUAGGGAAAACUGCAUUGGGUCUGAAUUUACAGAAGUAUGGCUCCCUUUGAGGGGUGUCAGCGCUCUUGAUGUACAAGGACAGGCCUUUUACGACAAGACAUCUGACGAGGCGUUAUUUACGGCUAUCAAGAAUAGGCUUGAAGGGAGUGGGAUAUCGGUCAAUGAGCUUGAUACUGAUAUCAACGACCCAGGUUGGUCAGAGAGUAUAGCUAAAAGGCUCAGCGAGCUUAUUGAGCUGAAGGGAUAAAGUCAGAAAUGACGAGCAAUAAACUGUGGUUAUCCGCGGCAAUCCAGGCAGAAACCCCGUACGAUCAUACCAAAAUGAUUCAAUAUCAUAGAAUGAGCUGUAAAAGUUAUCCAUCAAGUCCUUAAGUUACUGAGCAUCCUUAACUGUCUCAGCAAGAAGUCUUUGGGCCUUCUCAGAUCUGGGUCUAAAAACUACAUC